CAAAAAUAUAUUAUCUUUUCUGGUAAAUCCUGGCCUUUUAUUCUUGGUAGUAGAAUCAAGUCGAAGAAAUGGAACAGCAACGAAUAGUUCCCAAUCGCAAAAAACCUGCAACUAAAUACUAUCGCGAGUUUCUGGUUGGCAGCAAUGUUCACGGGUUGUACCAAAUUGGAAAAACUCCCCAUAUUUUGGAAAAGACUUUAUGGACAUUUUUGCUGAUAGCAAGCGCUUAUUAUGCAUUCUCUCUAAGUUAUAUGACUAUCUACCGAUAUUACACGAACCCAACUGUCAUAUCCGUGGAUAGAGAUCGGUAUUUAUGGACCACGUAUCUCCCAGCCAUCACCUUCUGCCUAUCAAAUAACAUGAACGAAACAGCCCUAGACGAGAUAUUACAUACAGUCAGGCCGGCUAAUUCAAGCAAACUGAAGCUGUUUCUCACUUCUCUUUUCUACUCCAAUCUAAGCACUCUUCAUUCCAUCCUUGAAGAUGAUCAAAUCGAUCCCAGCAACUAUUUGUCGACGAUUGUGAAAUUGUAUGAUAACACUCCACCAACAAUAACCGUUUCCGGACAAGUUUUGAACACCAACGACUGGCUAGCGCAGACUUUCACGGAAAUGGGCCUUUGCUACUGCUUUAAUUCUCCAUUGGCUGUAUAUUUUUCUCUAAAGUAUCAGCCAUGGCUCGUCAAUCAGCAGACAAUACUGCCUCUAUCCAGUACUUUUGAGCUCCAUCCGCUUGAUGGUGAAGUAUCUGCAAAUAUCGCCAAUGUGUCCACGGGCUUCAAUGUGUACAUUCACGGCCCCUUUGAAGUGCCAGACGUGCGUAGAAGACCCUUGGUUGUUCCCAACGAUCAUUUACUGCAGGUCUACUACACAGCUCUGAGCAUAAUCAGCAGCGAAGAUACGAAAACCUUGCGAAUCAGACAGAGAAAAUGCCGCUUUUACCAUGAAAGUAACUUGACUCAUUUUCCAGUUUAUUCGUACUUGAUCUGCAGGAUGGAGUGCAGGAUACGUCUGGCCCUAAAUCUGUGUGGAUGCGUGCCGCAUUUUUACAGAAAACUUCCACAUGAAAGAACAUGCGAUGUGAAGGGCUUGAAGUGUUUGGCGCAAUAUAAAGAGCAACUGAUAUCACUGGAACAUAUAAACGCCAGCUGCUUCUGCCUGGCAAACUGCGAACAAGUGAGCUAUGUAGUGGAAGAAAUGGACUCUCGUCAAUGGUUCUUAAAGUCCAACAUCCAGUAUGGAAUUAAGAAUUUUCCGGAGAUGCGAUUCAAACGCGACAUAAUAUUCCGAUUUUCUGACUUGUUAGUCUAUUUCGGAGGAGUGAUGGGGCUGUUCUUCGGAUGUAGCGCCUUAUCAGUCAUGGAGCUGAUUUACUACUUUACCUUGAGGCUGUAUUGGUUUAUAAAAAGCUGAAAAUCCGCUUAGACUUAAUUGACGCCAAAUGCCCGCUUGAGUAUUUUUGAUUCCACAUCCUAGUCUUAUUAGUUAGUACUAAAUAUACACUGUAAUGCACAUGUAGGCUGUUAUGUUGAAACUGCGUUCAAAUAAACAUUUGCAAAAUA